GACCAUUCGGCCAUUCCCCUCUUCGCCCCUCCAGCCCUAGCUAAUCUCUCGCCUUUCGCAACGCGGCGGCGCGCCGGCGGGUCUUGCCCUUACUUUCUCCCGGCUCCGCGGUCCGCACGUCCCACCGAACCCCUCUCUGCCGAGCACGAGCCGGGCUCGGGUCGAUUUCGUCUCCCCUUUUGUUGCUGUGCAAAUGCCAGAAGCCGAGUGGAACGAUGAGCGCACUAAAAUUAUUUGUGAACUCUUUGCUGAACAAGUUCGGGCUGGGAACAGACCAAACACCCAUCUCAACAACAUUGGUUACCGUCAAGUUGCGUCCAAGUUUCAGCAAAGAACACAGCUACUUUAUACGAAGCUUCAGCUUAAGAACAAAUGGGAUAAGCUUAAGAGUGAAUACACCACCUGGAAUAAACUGCUUACAAUGAGGGCAGGUUUACGUUGGGACAGUGCAAGAGGAACAAUUGCAGCUGACGAUGACUGGUGGAAGAAGAAAAAUAAGCAGGAGCUGCCAGGUGCGAGGAAAUUCCGCAUUGCUGGGCUACAAAAUGAGGAUAAGUUGAAAGUAAUGUUUGACUAUAUUAUCAGCAAUGGUGUGGAUCAUUCGCCACCAGCCGCAAAUGAUUUUCCAUCUGCUCCAGACAGCCCCAUGAAUAGUGUUGAUCAUUCGCCACUGGCUGCUGAAGGUUUGCCAUCUACUCCAAACAGCCCCAUGAAUGAUGUGGAUCAUUCUCCACUGGCCGCAGAUGGUUUGCCAUAUGCUCCAGACAGCCCCAUGAAUGGUGUGGAUCAUUUGCCACUGGCCACAGAUGGUUUGAGAUUUGCUCCAGAGAGCCCCAUGAAUGGUGUGAAUCUUGAUGGAUCAGACAACAAUACUGAACAUAAUGUUGGCACUCAACGAGAGCACGAGUCAGAGAUUCCCUCAAAUAGGAACAAGAAGAGACCUAUUCGUGUUAGUGCCACGAAGAAGAAUAAGAAAACUAAGACCAAAACUGCUCUGGUCAUGCAAGCUCACUUGGACCGUAUAGUGGAGUUGGCUCAGAAAGCACAGGCCACUUUUGAAAAGUUUAGCUCCCGAGUCGACCCUCUGAGAGCCAGUAGCAUUCAGGAUGUUAUGUCACUGGUCCGUGAGUGUGGCGCCCAUUGUGGAAGUAAUGAGCAUUUCAUUGCGACUGAGCUGUUUGUGAAUAGAGAACAAAGGGAAAUGUUCUUGACAAUGGAAACAGCUGAGGAACGUUUCCAAUGGCUUAGGAGAAAGUAUAUUGUCAAGUAUCUAUCAAGUCCAAGUAUGGGUCUGAGAUAAAUGAUCCAAGGCCUUUUUUAAGGUUUUGUGGUAAAGGUCUUAGGCUUAACUCAAUACGAUCCAUUUUGUAUUGGAUCCUAACUAGUGUUGGUUACAUCCUGACAAGUUUGGUUGUAAAGGCUCAUCUGUGAAUGUGUAGCUGUCCUUUGGUGCCACUUGUUUUCUAUCUGUACUAUGUUUCAGCCGCAAGCAAAAUCUGUUACCAUAUUCUGUUGA